UUGAUAUCCUUUUCCGGACUUCACUCCCCCAAGGCUCAGAUCUGCGAGAAAGUUUGUCCUAAUAUUGCCUAUCAAUGGCUUUGAACAGAGUAUUAUUCAAUUUGUUGUCUAUUGUUUGGCUUUUCAGACAGUACGUUCCCCGUAGCUUGUUUUCUCCGGUUUGAAAAAGUCAAGUUUAGCUACCUUAAUCAUAGAGUUCACCUUUCAGUUUUAUUUCUUGUUUAUUUUCGAGAUAUGCUGAUCUUAUAGUUUCUCAGGUUCUCUGUUUAGCAACACACUGCAGUGUUGAUUUGCAGGUUUUGUUAGAAUCGAUCUGCAGAAGCAUUCAGCUGUUUCUUUCCAGCUAAAUAUAUCAAGGAAAUCAAUUAAUAGAUAUGGCUUAUGUUGCUGUGAUUUCUCUUGCACGAACAUUGGAGGAACUCGUGCAGCAAAAGCCACAUUGGGUAAGUGGUGAUGAUGAAACAACAAAAAUGCUGGACACUUUCCGUGUUAGUCUUAAAAAUUUCCAAGACUUUCUUGAGAACACUAGCAAGAGAAGGCAACAUUGUGGAGAGAUUGAAGAAUUAGACAGAGAAAUUAGAACGGCAGUGGAAGAAGUAGAAGAUGUGAUCGAACUAAAGAUCUAUAAAACAAUGAAAAGAGAGGCGUUAUCCAAGACAUUGAGAACACUUGUAGAAAAGAUUGAAGCUCUAAAGAGGGGGGUCAUGGGAUGUAGGUUUGGUAAGAAUAAAGUCCUUCGUAAAACAAUGGAAGAAGAGGCAUUACACAAAACCUUGUCUCCACUUGUAGAAAAGAUUGAUGUUUUGGAGAGGAAUGUGAUGGGAAGUAGUUUUGGUAAAAAUGAAGUUCAAGGCUAUGUUGAUCCUACAAAUGACCAACUGCAAGUAGAAGCUUCAUCGUCUAGACGUGUAGCAAUACUGAAUCCAGAAAACAUUGUUGUGGGUCUUGAGGACGAUUUGAUGGAAAUCAAGAGAAGAUUAAUAGAGACCUCGUCUAAUCGAGAAAUUGUCCCAAUUCUGGGAAUGGGAGGGAUAGGCAAAACGACACUAGCUAGAAAAGCAUUUGACGAUCUUGAAGUCAGGCAUCACUUUGACAUCCAUGUUUGGGUGACAGUAUCUCAGCAAUAUCGGAUCAGAGAUCUAUUGUUGGAUAUUCAUUCUCGUAUUUCAGCUGAUCCGAUAAAACAAGGGACUAAUAGUGAUCAAUUGAUGGAUAAGAUAUACAAAGUGUUGAAGUGUCGGAGGUAUCUUCUUGUCAUGGAUGAUAUUUGGAGUUGUGACAACAUCUGGGAUAUAGUGUCAAGAACUUUUCCAGAAGACGAGAAUAGUAGUCGAAUUAUUUUGACUAGUAGGAUUAAUGAAGUGGCUAUGCAUGCUGACCCUAACUGCACUCCUUAUAAGAUGCACCUCUUGAAUUUUCACGAAAGUUGGAAGUUAAUACAUGACAAGGUGUUUGGGGUACAUCAACAUGUUUGUCCUCCUGAACUAGAGAAAAUCGGGAAGCAAGUAGCACAAAAUUGCCAAGGACUACCUUUAGCCCUUCUAGUGGUUGCGGGACAUCUCUCUAAAAUUGAUAGAACACGCAAAAGUUGGGAAGAUGUUUCCAAAAGUGUAAGUAACAUUCUUGUUAAUGAAUCAGAUAUAUGUCUGGGAGUGCUUGCUAUGAGUUACAAUUACUUGCCUUAUCAUCUUAGACCGUGUUUCCUUUACAUUGGAGUCUUUCCAGAAGAUAGGGAGAUUAACAUUAUGAAUUUGAUCAACUUAUGGAUUUCUGAGGGUUUUCUAGUGAAUAAGGGGCACAAAAGCUUGGAAGCAGUGGGAAGAGAUUGUUUGAAUGAUCUUGUUAGCAGGAAUCUGGUAAUGGUUAGAAGCAGGAANAUCUGUUAA